AUGACCCAGCCUGUCAACCACCCGAGCUUGUCGCCGCAAUUCUGCUUCUCAUCCGGGACCCUUCGCGAAUUUCUACGGCUGUCGAGGUCAUCCGUCGACGACUCCAUCACCCAGAACCUCAAUGCACUCGUGAUGCCUGCAGAAGGGGGCUUCGAUCCGCAGUCAACGUCUCGGCGGGCGUGGGCACCACCAUCCCGCCAAAUCAGCCCGGGGGCAUGCCAGUCAUUCAAAGACACAGUUCUGUUCCCAGCGUGGCAGGCCCGGACUGAAGUGCUCGACUACUGCGGACUCGUCGCCACCAGCCCCGACCUGGACGACCCAGAGGCCAUGAUUCGAGAAGUCGAAAAUCAGCGAGACCGUGAGCGGGUAGUCAACGAGCGUCUAGAUCCGUACUCCGGCAGGUUCUUCCCACGAGAAGCCCGCACCCAGACACUGGCUACGCUUAUCCGCCAGGAAUGCGGCGUCGAGAGCGUCGUACGGAGUCGGACCUGGGAUGUAGUUCAACAGCGCUGCGCGGCGCCACCAGAGAGUUGGGAAGAUGCCGUCGGGCGAUGGCGCGAUACGCAAGCUUCGUCCACGAGGCCUAGUCCCGGGCAAUAA